AUGCAGAGAGAUGAGAUCAAGGUAAGUAUCUGGAAUUCAGGAAAUUGCUUCAUUGGUGAUUCAGAUCUAAAAUAUGUGUCUGGCAUUCAGAACCAUGUGUUUGUUCUGAUGGAAAGACUUGCACUUUCAGUUGAAGUUCCCCAUGCCAUCCAGGUAAGGUUUAAAUGGCCCCCCCUCCUGUAUGGAUGACAGUCAAAUGCCCAUGGAUUCCUCAAGGGGGGGGAGUUGUUGAAACUUAGAAUUGAUCAGUGUGUAAAAAUACAAAUAUUCAGUCCAAAUGGUGAAUGUAGGGCUGUUACAUUUUAGUAUUAUUUGUAUGUUUUUUCCAUUGUAGAUUCCUGUUACAUCAGCAUGUCAUCUGAGAUUUCUUAUCAAAAGUGGACUUGAUCAUUUUGUUUCCAUUCAUAAUGUCAGUGUUGAUGGCACAGCUGUGCACUGA